AUGGUGGUUACAAUGGUGUAUGCUAAAUGUUCAGAUGUGGAGAGAAUUCAGUUGUGGGACAGUUUAUACCUCUUGGCUAAUAAUAUGACAGCUCUUUGGCUGGUUGGAGGUGAUUUCAAUGUUAUACUAAAUGAAGAAGAGAAAAUAGGAGGUCUACCAGUUUUGCCACAAGAAUAUGAAGACUUUGCCUUUUGUCUGAAUUCCUGUAAGUUGCAUGAGAUGCCUUUCAAAGGGAGUCCUUUCACAUGGUGGAAUGGUAGGGCUGCUAAUGACUGUAUAUUUAAGAGAUUGGACAGGAUUGUAUAUAAUGAUGCACUUCAGAAUUGGUUUGGACAAUUAGAAGUGGAACAUCUGUCAAGGACUGGUUCUGACCAUGCACCAUUACUUCAAUGGGAAACAGCCUUAACAGAUGAUGUAUUUCUGUCAUUUAAGCUCAAAAUGAAGAAACUGAAAAUAGCUUUAAGCACAUGGAGUAAGAAUACUUUUGGGGACAUUUUUAAACAACUUGUUAUCAGAGAGGAAAUAGUUAAGAUUAAAGAGCAAUUGUUUGAAGAAACUCCAUCAGCAGAAAAUAGAAUGGUCAUGCAAAGGGCACAAGCUGAACUUAAAUUGUAUAUUCACUAUGAGGAGGAAUUCUGGAGGCAAAAAGCCAGGAUGGAUUGUUUUUCAGAAGGUGAUAGGAAUACCAGAUAUUUCCAUAGUCUGAUUGAGGAUGUUGAUAGUGUUGCUGCUCAAGCUGUCAACUUUUUCCAUAAGCAAUUUACUCAUGAGGGGGUUAGUGAAGAUUCUCCAAUUUUUCAUCAUAUUCAAGAGCAGAUCAAAGAGGAGGAUAAUAUACCACUUACUGCUCAACCUACUAUGGAGGAAGUAAAGAGGGCUUUAUUUGAAUUAAAUGGGGACAGUGCUUGUGGCCCUGAUGGAUUUUCUGGUAUAUUUUAUCAGAAGUGUUGGGAGGUGAUAAAGGUUGAUGUAUAUAGUGUUGUUAAAGCUUUCUUUGAAGGACAAACUCUUCCCAAAUCCAUCACUCACACUAAUCUGGUUUUGUUACCAAAGAAAAAUAUUGUUGAGGCAUUUUCUGAUAUGAGACCUAUAAGUCUUAGCAACUUUAUCAGUAAGGUCAUAUCAAGAGUAGUUCAUGACAGGCUAGACAAGCUACUUACAAAGAGAGGAAAACCAGCAAAUGUUGUGAUCAAGUUAGAUAUGGCAAAAGCAUAUGAUAGGGUCUCAUGGUUGUACCUUUGUAAAGUGAUGGGAAAGAUGGGAUUUUCUUCCUUUUUCAUUGAUCUUAUAUGGAGACUGUUGGCAAAUAAUUGGUAUUCUGUUCUCCUAAAUAGCCAGGCACAUGGUUUCUUCCAUUCUACAAGGGGAGUCAAGCAAGGGGAUCCACUUUCUCCUGCUCUUUUCAUUAUUGCUGCAGAGGGUCUUUUAAGGGCACUAAAUUCUUUAUUUGAUCAGCCUGGUUUUGUUGGGUAUGGGAUGCCAAAGUGGAGUGCUGAUUUGAAUCACCUGGCAUAUGAAGAUGAUACAAUCAUCUUUUCUUCAGCAGAUAACCAAUCAUUACAGAUGAUCAUGAAUACUCUACAGGAAUAUGAGAAGGUAUCUGGACAGCUGAUAAACAAGAGCAAAAGUUCCUUUUAUAUGUUCAGCAAAGUAUCACAUGAGGUUAGUCAGCAGGUUGCAAUUGUUACAGGAUUUGUGAGAGGACAAUUUCCUUUUACAUAUCUUGGAGUACCAAUUACUCAUUCCAGAAAAAGGAAAGUGGAUUAUACUGAAUUAUUGAAGAAAGUCAAAGACAGGUUCUUUUGGAAUAAUAAGGAGGAAGGUAGAUGCAGACACUGGGCAGCUUGGCUUAACAUGUGUAUUCCCAAACAUGAAGGUGGGUUGGGAUUCAAAUCUAUUCAUGACACAUCCAAAGCUUUAUGUGCUAAACUAUGGUGGAAGUUUAGAACCACUAGUUCACUAUGGGCCAAUUUCAUGUGGAAUAAGUACUGCAAAAAACAAAUCCCUCAACUGGUUCAAUGGAAGGGAGGGUCACAACUAGGUGCUCUUAGUUAUGUGGUUCCCCAGUCCUGGCACAUCAAUGAGCAUGCUAAAGAUGUUUCUGAACUUAUGGCAGAUGGAAGAUGGAAUGCCAACAAACUCAUGCAGAUGUUUCCUGAAGAUAUUGUGCAGCAUAUAUUACAGGAAAUUGACAUUAAAUGUGCAUCAAAUGAAUGGGAUAGACCUUGGUGGAUGAUGAAAAGCACAGAUAGAGACAAUAAACCAUCUAUUCAUGUGUGGAGAUUUGGCUGCAAAGGUAUGGAGAUACUUCAAUAUGGGGGCUGGAUUGAGCUUGAAUUGUGUUCAGGAAAUCCAGGUCCAAGUUCUGCUGCCUUUUGUAUAAGAAAUGAAGAGGGAGCAUUGGUGUAUGCAGCUUCUAAAAUGUUGACAGAUAGAACAAAUAUUGUGGCUGAGGCUGAAGCUAUUAGAAUGGGACUGAGCCACUGUGUAGAAAAGCAGUUUUUUCCAUUGAUCAUAGAGACUGAUUCCAUGACCAUGAAGAUGAUCUUAAAUACUGAAUGGAAGGUCCCUUGGAGCAUUUCAAUGUUGGUGGAGGAUAUAAGGAGGAUGAUGGAGGAUCAAAUAGUUCAGUUCAGUUUCAUAGUUUUCAGGAAUUACCCAGUCAAGCUAAGAGGAUUCUGA